AUGCACCCGCGUCGCGCCCGCGCCCGCCUCCCGCCAUGUCCCGCCACAGCCAGGAGCCCGACAGCGGAAUCGAGUCCCUCUCUUCAGAUGAAAAAGAGCUGGUGACUUGUGCUGUGGAGGGAAAGGGCUCAUCUGAGGAGCAGUCGACGGGAGAGGACAGUUCCGAAAGCAGCUCCAGCAGCAGUAGCUCAGGAGAGGACUCAGAUGUGGAGGAGUCGGACGGAAGAAGGUCGGAUGAAGAACAGGAAGAGAAGGAAUCGCCACAGCACUGCAAUGAAACAGGAGUGAAGUGCCUGCCACGCUGUGAACACUGCGGGAAUGAAAACGACCAGAAGGAGCAGGUGAACCCCAGGAGACUUUCUGGAGGACAAUAUAUGGUGAAGCUGGACGCAGAGGGGACUUACCAGUGCAGCAUCACAGGCUUGAUUUUUGAGGUGACGGGUGCCGUCAGGAUCACAUAUUCCCUCCUAUCCUGGAGCAAAUAUGCCAGCCUGGUGGAGAAGCCCUGGAUCGUGGGCGGCCCUCUCUUCAAUGUGCACUGCGACUCGACCCCCGCUCUCAGCUCCAUCCAGUUCCCACACUCCCUCUGCCUCAGCGAUCAUGGCCCUGGCAUGGCCUUCAAGGUUUUGCACAUCAAAGGCGAGGGCGCAGCCAUCGAGCCGUCCGCCGAGUACUCGGCCUCGCACGUGAAGUGGGUGGUGAGCUCGCUGUCGCCCGUGGGGCCGCUCAUCCAGAGCCAGGAGCCUGUGCACUACCAUGGCGCUGUCAUCCUCUACAAAGCCGUUGACGAGAAUCCCUCCUUGUCCUUUCGGGUCUACGUGGCUACAAACAAUGAUUCCUUUAUAAAGGAUAUCUCAAGAGCUGUAAAACACUCAAAUAAGAAGUUUGUUAAAAUUGACAAGCCCCCUGUAUGCCAAAAGUUACUUCAGAAAGGAAAAAGGUAUAGAUUAGUUUGCGAGCCAGAAGCUGAAAUAACUCCAGAGGAAAUUGAAUUUGUUGAUGGAUCUCUCUUGAAACUAAAAAGUUACAUUGAAGUCUAUUUGGAGAAACCUGAUGACUUCACCUUGUCUUUGGUUGAGCUGGAGUCUGAUGCGAUUGUAUGGAAAGCAAAACUGAGAGCCAGUGACUGGAUACAUUACGACCAGAACAAGAAUGAGCAGAAAAGAAGCACAGUCACUGUUAAACGGAAACCAGCGUUCAGCAUCUUGGACGAAGAGGGGCUCUGUAGCAAAAAGAAAAAGACUCCUAUUGCAGAUGGAACUGAAACAAAAAAAUUAACUGAUCAACAGCUGAUGGUGAUCGCAAAGCUGUUUGGUAGGCAGUGGAGAGAAAUUGCCAUUGAGUGUCUUCAGAUGGAGAUGAAAGACAUUGAGCAGAUUCAGGCAACAGAGAAAGAAGUUAACAUGCAAAAAUUUCUGUUGUUAAGCAAGUGGAGAGACAGAGAAAAAAGCAACGGGACGGCAGCAGCUUUGUACAGCAGCCUCAGCGACAAGGCGUCCUACGAGAUCCUGCAGGCCCUGCAAGGUUUCUCGUCUCAGUGCUGAGCUGGUGAUGCUGCAGCUGGAAGGAGAGCGGUGGGAGCUUUUCUGGCUGCAUCCCUGGGAUCUCGCUGAGGUUUGGGAAGGAAGCUGCAAGGCAUCAGCACACACUGGAAGGUGUAGGCAGGAUCUUUGCAAGAAUGUGAAUGAAAUUUUGUGCAGAUUUAAGCACACUGAAGACUUUGAGCAGCAGGUUGUGGCGGCGUGGCUGGCAGUGCCGGCCUUCACAGAUGGGGAAACUCAACACCACUAUGACCUAGUUUUGUCUCAUUGGAGCCAGUCUUAAAAGACAUGAACACUGGAAGAAACCAGUUUUACCUUGUUCAGGUAUAGGAUCAUUAUCUGGAAAUGUUUUUACUUACAUCAGGGAAAGACAGGGUGAAAAGUUACGUGGAAACUUUCAUCCCCUUUAAAAAAACAACCCCAAGAACUGCCACAAUCAUGAGGUACAUUGUAUUUCCCUCAGAUGCCCAAAAUCAGGGAAGAAUCAUCCUAAACUUGCAGGUAAAUUCCUUUGCAUAACCACUGUACAUAUGCAUGAUCACUGUAUAUACUGGUGUACAUUCAGUCCUUGUUAAGCUAUGUUUCUGUUUGCUGCAAUCCCAAAGGCUGCUUUCAUGGGAUAACCACUCUUCUCUCCAGGCAGCUUUCAGUUUUCCCUGGGAACUUCUUUUCCCCUCUUCACUGUAUAGUCUGUCUCAGUUUUUUUAUGAGAUCAUUUUUUUUUACGUUGUAUAAAUUUGUUUUUUGUAUGAUAAACUUUUUUAUACUUGUUUUUUUUUACUGGAUUAAUUGGAACUUGACUAGAAUGAAGGGGCUUCAGCUAAACUGGGAGAAGCUGCACAGGCUGCUAACCCUGUCAGCACAAGUGGGAAAGGUCUUGAAUGUGAUUUGCAGAAGAGAGCAGUGGCCUGAUGUGGGAGAUUGUCUUGUUGCAUUCAUUUGGCUGUCUCCCACUGUGUGUGUUUCUGAAAGAAAAAGCAUCCUUUGAAAAAAAAAAGAGGAUUAAAAAG